UCUCUUGCUCAGCAGAAAACAAAGCAAAGACGAGGUAGGGUGAUUUAUAGCUAGUAGGUAAAUAGUGCUUUCCUGAUACGGGAUUUAGUAAGCGGUGUAACUUGAUUGAGAAAUUCAACCCACCGCGAAGCGACGUUCGUACCUGAAAAAUAAGCACCUCGAAACAGCAUAAGAUGGAUCGCAGACGGAAACAUUGCACGUGGAGAAGAUCGACGUUAUUAUGCCUUGUAUUUCUUCUUUCUGUGUCAUCAAAAGGCUUUGUGACGUCAUCACCAGUUGACGAAGACCUUACGACGACGGCGGCGUCUGAUUACGAAGAAUUAGACGACGACAACUUCGAAGAGUACCAUGAUUUAGAAUUGACUGAAGGAAUGGAAGAUGAAUAUCUGCAAUCUGGAGAAAAACUUCAAUUUCGAUGUCGAGUUAGCGUUGUACCAAAACGGGAUCUCACAUUCACUUGGUAUAAAGAUAAUAUGAAAAUCAAAACUGGCGAAGACGAAAGACUGUCAAUGAAAGAAAGAGAAUGGGGAUCAAGACUUCAAAUCCUUGACGUUUACACAGCCGAUUCAGGCGAAUACAGAUGUGAGGCUUCUGAUGGAGAAAAGAGCGUUUUCACUACCGCAAGACUGACGGUCGCUUUCAAUACUCCUCCAGACAGCGGAGACACCAACAUAGAUUCUGAAAUUUUUGAAGGAAAGUGCGAAUUGUAUGAAGGAUAUGCUUGCGCUCAAUACCUGAAAGGCAAAUACAUUUAUGUCGAAUCGUUUCAAGAUCAAAAACAAAUGGAACAACAGAUUACUGCUGCACUCACAUUAGUUGGUGACAAAAACAGAGUUUCAGAAGAAUGUGCAGAGUACGCAAGACCCGCUUUUUGUCAUUUCGUUUUUCCACUUUGUGAAGUAAUAAAUGAUGAAACUACCGAUGAAGGUUUUGUAUAUGAAGACUACAGUUUCGUUGACAGCGGAACUAUUCUGGAAGACGACGACAACCUUGCUAAUGCCGAUGGCACUGCAACCGCUGUCAGACUUUGCCGCGAAGAUUGCGAACUUUUACAAUUUGACGUUUGCGCGAAGGAAUUUGGAACAGAGGACGAAGUUAUAAAGCAACUUGUCAAGACUGCUGAUUGCAGCCGGCUUCCGCGAACAACUUCCACUGGCGCCAAGUGUUCUCGUUUGGGAUUGAAAAGCGUGGUGGACAGGACACAUGUAUGCUACAACGAUACGGGAACAGGAUAUCAAGGAGUGGUAGCUACAUCACAGUCGGGAGAAAAAUGCAAACCAUGGCCUCCGAAAAUGCUAGUCGAGUAUCCGGAACUGGCGGGAGGUCACAAUUUUUGCCGUAACCCUGGUAACGCGAUGGACCAGCCUUGGUGUUAUACUGAUAGAGAUCGAAUUAGCAGAGACCCUUGCGAAAUCCCCAAAUGCAAAUCAUCUCUUGGCGGCGGUUCUUCAGAUUUGUUGAUGAUUCUCAUUCCUUGUGUCAGCAUUCCCUUAUUAAUCGGAUGUAUUAUGGUCGUGAUGUGCUUCGUAUGUAAAAAAGGAAAAGGGAAGGACAUAAAGCACACCCCUGGUAAAAAGGUUGAACUGAAAACAAUACCUUCGCAAAGAAAUCGUGUUCCUGAGCUAUCAUCGACUAUGGUUCAUUUUGCUGUUGAGCUUGGCGAGGGAAAAUACGGAAAAGUCUACAAAGCACAGAUCAUGAGUAAUAUGGUGUAUGCGCCUCAAGAACCGGUAGCAGUGAAGACUCUCGCUGGAGGAGCUAUGCAAUCACAGAUCAGCGAUUUUCAACGUGAAAUGGAGAUGUUUUCAGACCUACAGCAUGUCAAUGUAUCCUGUUUGAAGGCCGUGGUUUCUCAGCCGACAAUGCGUUGUAUGAUCUUUGAGUACACGAGUAGAGUAGAUCUUCAUGAACUUCUAACAUUGCAUUCUCCGCAUUCUGAUAUUGGAGGGAAAAUGUCAGGCAGUGCAAGCAGUCACACAUCUAGUAGCUUAGAAUCAGGAGAUUUCUUACAUAUGGCUGUACAGGUCGGUGCUGGUCUGGAAUACCUUGCUUCAAAUAACUUCGUUCACCGUGAUUUAGCUGCUCGCAAUAUUCUUGUUUGCAAUAAUAAUGUAAUGAAGAUAUCUAACCUUGGUGUCGUCAGAGAUUGUUAUUUAUCGAGUUAUUAUAGAUCACCACAAGGUGGACAUAUGUUACCUGUCAGAUGGAUGGCACCAGAGAGCUUAAACCAAAACAUGUUUUCUGAAAAGAGCGUAGUUUGGUCAUUCGGCGUUAUGAUGUGGGAAAUGUUUGCUUAUGGAAUGCAACCUUAUUGUGGAUAUAGUAAUCAUGAGGUUAUAGACAUGAUAUCAAAGGGACAAACUUUAUCAUGUCCUGAAAAUUGCUCGUCACGUGUCUAUUCACUCAUGCGUGAAUGUUGGGAAAUCGAUCCAGCUCAGAGGCCUACAUGCAAAGACGUUCAUGCUAAAUUGUCGGGCUGGGAAGGCGCAAGCACCACAAGAAUGACGUCACAAUUAGCACAAGGAAUUCACAGGCAACUGACGAACGUGAUGCGUGAAGGAGCCCCAUUUGGGCAAUACACCCCUCCCCAAGGAACUGUCAUUGAUGGCUUCAAUCAACCAUACAUGUCGCCCCCUCAGCCUUGCCCACCCCAUGCUAGCCCCGCCUCUCAGCCUUAUUAUACCUCGCCUUCUACCAACUCCUCUUCUGGUAUGAUGCCAGGCCAGCCUCCAUCUUAUCCUAGUUACAUGCAACAACCGCAUGCAUACGCUCCGGUGCAAAUGUACCCCCAACCUCAGAUGCAUUAUAGCAGACCCCAUCCCGCAUCAUAUCCAUACAAAUCGAGUCACACACACAGCAGUAGCAGAAGUACGGACAGCUGUGGGUCAUCCACAAGAAAUCAGCUCCACGGACACCGACACCAGGGUGGGGUCACACAAGCCGCCCCACAGCAGUUCCAGAAUCCACAAAAUCACUACCAACCUCAAAUUCCCGGAACAGCUGAGCAACCAGAAUACGAAAAUUUUCACCGAACACCCGAUAGCGGGAUUCACAGCUCGAAAGGCACCGACGGAACGCAACAAAACCACGGGGAAAAUUACGGAUCCGGUCACGGUUCGAUGACGUCUGCUUCUCCACCGCCCGCGCCUACCAGGCAGCGCCCCGGAAGUGAGGUCAUUGCCCCUGGUGCACAAGAAGGACUGAGACAACCCUUGUCUGUAUAUAACAAUUCUCAACACAGCAAUUCAGCAAGUAACGUGAGCACCAAACCAGUUGUGGCUCCAAAACCGCCAAUUUCACCAAUGGAUCCUAAUCGCCCUAGAACUAACAUCGUCAUGGGGGUGAACGGCCAACGUAAUCGAAACCAUAAUAACCACAUCGAUGGGCCAAAAACUGAAACCCAACAACAAGGGGGAACGCCAAAUAGACUCCAGGCCAACCGAACUUCAACUUCUGGUAACAUAUUAGAACUACCGGCAGAAAACGAAAAACAAAAAAACUCGGCAAGCGGUAAAGCCAUGUCUUGUGACUCUGGGCUUCCCAAUGACGAACCAGACGUUGUGGACAGUACAGAAACACAACCUUUCAUUCCUCAGCAGUCAAAUGCGAGAGUAAGUUACAAAGCAAAUAAAGCGGUGAUAACAAUCCCAGGAUCUUCGUCGUCAUCUAUGUCAGGAUCUACAGCUGUGACGACAGAGUCGAGGUUAACUUGAAAGUACACGAAAUCUUUCGUUUAAGUGGGAAAAGGCUUUGGUUGUUCACCUACUCAGGCUUUAUGAAGCCAAUAGCGGUGUACUUGUGCGACAGAGGGAUAUUGCAAACUUGUUUAAAUGCUUGAUGUAAAGAAGGCGGGUGCUGUAGAUGCAAAAGACUAUUUUUCUGAACGAUAAAAUCUAAAAUAAGAUCUCAAAACGCUAUCGUCUAUAAUUGUUAUUAAUAUAAGUCUCGCACAGUUCAAUACCACCAUUUUGACAAGCAUUUCUUGGAAUAUUAUGGCUGUUUUCAAAACAUGCAUUUACAUAAUGUUUUCAUUUUGGGCUGUGAUACAUGCUAUCCCGGAGAUUUAUAUAUGUCGUUUCUGAAUAGACGAACAAUAUAGUAAUUCCACCAUAAUAUUAAUAUUCAUCAGCGUGAGUAGUUAUCAAAUCAAAAUUAUAUUCAUAUAUUUCCAACUCACUUUAAUUACGUGUACUACGAAGACAAUCCUAUUUUAAAAUAUUCGAGUUUCGAUAUGCCAUCCGCUAGCUACAGGACAAGUUGAAAUUUUAAUAUACCAAUAUAUAAUUUUUUGUUAAUUUGUGUUAAGUUGCUGAUGCGUCGUUGCAAUCUUUUCUAUAUAAACUUCUGCAAUGCAAUAGGCUUGUUACUGGGCCACUCUCAACUCGCUUUUAUGUAUAAUUUGCUGCGUGUUACUAUAUGGGUGAAGACAAUACACAGUCUAAAAUAUUGGCGGCUUAGUGGAGGCUGUUAAACCUUCCUCAUUUUGUCAGUGAUUGUCACAGAAGAUAAUAUUUUAAAGUUGACGUUUUGUGUCAUGAAUAUUCGUUUUUGUUCUUUUAUACCAAAUA